GUGGCCACAACCAAAAUAAACGCUGACCUGCACGACUGCAACCCCAAAAAGCAAAGCUUAGGAGAAGAGAGAGAGAGAGAGCAAAAUGGUGGAGGAGGAGCCGACGCCGACGCCGUCACCGGAAGAGAAGCAGGUGUUAGGCGAUGACGGCGCGUAUAAGGGAGUGGCAGCAGAAGCAGAAGCAGCAGCAGCUUCAAUGGCUUCGAUGGCGGAGGAUCUGCAGCGUACGGUGAUGCAAUCGAGGGACUCUGCCAUUCGUUCAGCUCGCACUCUCCAAGAUAAUGUGCCGGAAUAUAUGGACAAAGCCGUCUCCGACUACAGGACCUACGAACAUGCUUUCUUCCACAAAAUCAAAGAUGGAUUGAAGAGUGCAACAGAGAACCCAGCCUCAACCAUUGGAAUUGGCCUCACUGCUGCUUUCAUUCUUUUGCCAGGACCAAGAAGGUUCUUAUUUCGCCAUACAUUGGGUCGAUUUCAGAGCCUCGAGGCAAAAUUUGCCAAAGCUGAGAAGAAUGUAAACCAGUUCAAACUUUCAGUUGAUCUGAUGAAGCAGGAGAGCAAGAAACUUCUUGAGAGGGCAGCUUUUGCUGAAAAGGAAAUGAAAUUUGGCCAAACUGAGCUCAAGGAUGUGGGAAGUCGAAUUCAAUCUCUAUCCAAAUCUAUUCGCAAGGUUGACGCCCAAGCUGCAGAUUUAAUGGAUGGGCUGCGAGAAAUUCCUAGCGGGGAAGCUUUGAAGCUCAGAGCACAGGUUGCUGCAAUGACAUCACAAUUGAAAACGCAGAAGUCUGUGAUGGACAAACGCAUAAUGAAGAUUUCGGAGUUAGGAGUUCCAGUGUGACAGCUUGCAGAGAUUGAAAAGCCAUUUAGACUGGAACUUUUAUAUAUCACACGGGGUGCUUUUCGCUACCCCUUACUCUUCUCGUUUUGUUGUUUCAUGUUUGGUAUGCAAUAACUGGUUCUGUUUUGUGUUUUGUAAUAAAGUAUAGUAUAUACAGUAAAUGAUAAUCAAUUUUGUCA